ACGUGGCGCGGCGCUUCCUUUCUCUGUGCGCCUCUCUUUCCUUCCUCGGCCGCCAUCUUGUUCUCGCCGCGUGUUGGCAGCGGGGGCUCCGCCGCGCUCAGACGUAGCACUAUGAACCAAGAAAAACUGGCCAAGCUUCAAGCACAGGUCCGAAUAGGAGGAAAGGGAACAGCUCGCAGAAAGAAGAAGGUGGUGCACAGAACAGCUACAGCUGAUGACAAAAAACUUCAGAGUUCCCUCAAAAAACUGGCUGUAAAUAACAUUGCUGGCAUUGAAGAGGUGAACAUGAUAAAAGAUGAUGGAACAGUUAUUCACUUCAACAACCCCAAGGUUCAAGCUUCCCUCUCUGCCAACACUUUUGCAAUUACUGGUCAUGCAGAGGCUAAACCGAUCACAGAAAUGCUUCCAGGCAUCUUGAGCCAGCUUGGUGCUGACAGCUUAACAAGUCUCAGGAAGUUAGCUGAACAAUUCCCAAGACAAGUGUUGGAUAGUAAAGCACCAAAAUCUGAAGAUAUUGAUGAAGAAGAUGAUGAUGUCCCAGAUCUCGUAGAAAAUUUUGAUGAAGCAUCAAAGAAUGAAGCUAACUAAAACAUUAAUAGUUCUGGAAGCUGGCAUGGACUAGAUUUAAGAAAUCAGCUAUGUGGUUCCAAAGUUUUAAAGAAACAGAGAACAUCAUCUGUUAAUAGUUCAGUAAUAUAAAUAUUUUGUAUUUUUAUGAUGCUGUUUGUUCAGCAUUUUCUGUCAGUUGAUUUUGCAUUUUGCACUUACUCCCAGGAUCUACUCUUUUGGUCAAAAAGAAAUGUCAGUGCAGUUUGAGGGGUGUGUGUAUGUGUGUGGGUGUACGUAUAGUGGAGAACAAAUUGGACAACACAUAUUUAACCAUUUACCCUUUUCCUUUGGAAGUGGAAAUAAAAUGAAUCUUCAGCAUCAUUACUUUGAUUAUCACCAAACAGUGCACAGAGGGAGUUAAGAUUAACGUUUUGUCCACAUUUUGUGACCUGAAGGCAUUACAUACACCAUUAAAACUUGGGGUUAAUUUGCUGUAACUAUUGUACUUGCAGGUGUGUUUCUCAAUGUACAUAUAUUUGUUAUCAACCUUGUGUUGAUCCCAGGAUUUAGGGGAGAUGAGCUGUUCUAGCGGCUUGUUUGGUACAGGAACUUCUUAAAAACUUGGUCUCAUCAAAGUGUGCUUUUUUUAAACCUUUUUCAAUUUUUUUUUUCUUUAAAGUUUUGAUACAAGCUGAUAUUUGACUCCUUCCAUGUAGACUUAGCAGAAUGUUCUCCUGUUGGUUACUAAAGUAUUUCCCAGUCAAAAGAAAAACACCUUGGUUCUCUACUGUUGGGUCACUUCCUAAGCUUGGAGGUCUGGUUGGGAACAGUCCAGUGCACCAGUUUUGCACAGUAACAGGUUUUUGCUUGAAUAACUUCAAGCUGUUCUCUUGGCAUGACUGCAUUUACUAGCAGCUGAUGAUCCACUCUCAUUCUUAGGGCACUAGGAACUAAAUGCACUGUGUGAACAAUGUUUAGGGCGGGAGGAAAGAGUUGUUGACACUUUGCCUUGCUUCCUGCUGGGCAGUCUGUGCAGUGACUAGCUCUAAAGGGAUUUUUUUUUCUUUUUUUCUUUUUUUUGUUUUUUUGCCUGUAACUUACCUUGGCCUAUAACCUACCUCUAGGUUUGGUGUCAUCUAUGUAGUAGCUUCUUACAAAACACAAAUGCUCCUCAGGCAUAAGGAGGACAUUGGGAGGUACUGUUGGUACAGUGCAGUAUUUAUGACCUUUCUUUAAAAUGCUUAAUGUGAAGCCGUUUUCUCAGAGGCUCUUUCAAGGUUCUUGAUGUAAUGUGCAUUACAGUAUAGUUAGACAUCAUUGUAACCUCUGUCAAGGGCAGCUGUGGCUUACAAAAGCCACUUUGUUUUUUUUUUUCCUCUACAUCUGUCACUUAACUAUGGCUUAAUUGGAACAUAUCAGCUUUUGGUGUAGGCUCAUAUCCUAGAGAACUGUAAUAGUACAAGCAAACAGUCCAUGAGUUCUGGAGACUUCAUGAACCCAGGGAAGUAGAGCUGUGGUGGUUUGACAGCUGAACUCCUCGGUUCAUUUUCUAGGCUUCGUUCAGUUUUUCCUGUUAUAUUUUAUAUACUACGUGGAUCUUACUACAAAAUAAAAUAACAGUACAAAAGA